AUGGCUCCAAAAUUGGGAUACGAACCUGUGGACACUAAUGACGUGCCCGUGCCUAGAGAACUCGAGGUGUCGGUCCCAGGAGGCAUCUCGGGCACAAUCGCUAUACCUCAUGGAGUGGAUUCUGACGAUGUCAGAUGGGCCACUCCUACAAACAGAAUGGUGCUCAUAUUACAUGGCCAGAUGGGCCACAGAGAUUACUGCUACCAGAAAUUAUUAGCCCACAGGUUGGCUGCUUAUAGGGGCAUGUACUCCUUGAGAAUCGACUUUCGUGGAUGUGGGUCGCUGGACGACUAUGCUGACCCCAAAAUUGGCCGUGUAGUUGAGUCUGAUUUGGAGGAUAUCACAAGAUCCAUGGAGUUCAUAACAAAUAAGGCGUUGAACCCGUUGGGAAUCGACUUUGUGCCGCUGGCCAUCAUAGCGCACUCCAGAGGCGCUGUAGUCAUGUACUUGUGGGCUCUCCAACAAGAGGACAUCUUGAGAAGGGGAGACCCCAAUCGCAAGGCUUUCCGUGUGCCUAAUUUAGUCAGCUGUUCGGCAAGGUACAACUCUUUGACCAUAUUCGAGAAACAUGAUAUUAUCGAUGACGACUUUGAAGGUGUGGACAUGAACUGUCUUCGCUACGGUAAAACGCAGCUUGUUUCCGUGCCACGUCAAGAAUUGGUGAGCCUCAUAGACGUGGAUUUGACCUGUGUCAAGGACAUUCCAGAAUGCUGGUCUGUGAUGAGCGUUUAUGGCCAGGAGGAUGAUGUUGUGGCGCCUAAUGAUGGUGCCCAAUUCUCCAACCUCCUUAAUAGGUGUCGCCACUCCCAUCACUUGGAGAUCAUAAAGCAUGCAGAUCACAACUUUUUGGGUCUUCAUCACAUUGAGAACGAUGACGACAUGGAAGACCAUAACCCGGAGGGCUUACCCAUCGACAAGAAGAGUAAGCUAGUGAAUUACAGGUACCAUGUUGCUUCUGCCAUUUCACACUGGCUCAAACCGGAGAACGAGUUGCUUCGAUUCUUGCAUGCUAACUUAAGAAUCGGUGACCUUCCUAGAUGGAAAAGCAUUGAUGGCGUGUUUGACUUUAGGGACAUUGGUGGUUGGCGCUUGCUCAGACCAACUUUUUCAGACAAGCUGGUUUUCGGGCUGUCAGUUCAUUUGAGAAGUGGUUUCAUUUAUCGCUCUGCUUGCAUUAAAUCAAUCUCUGCUCAAGGUGCUGAAGCUGUCAAGAACUUAGGUAUAAAAACUAUCUAUGACCUCAGAUCUUCACAAGAGACUGACGGAGAUGUCGAUCCGGGUUACUUGGUCCACGCUAGAAUAAAGCGUAUCUCAAGUCCUGUUAUAGACGUCGAGAGGGUUUCCCCUCAAGCUAUCGCCAGAAAUAGCUCGCUGCUGAGUAGUGCCUCGAGUCACGUCUAUGAGGAGAUUCUCCAAGAAAAUGUCCAACCACUUCGGGUGAUAUUCAUGCAUAUCAAAGACAAACCUCAGGAACCGUUUUUGAUCACCUGCUCCAAUGGAAGAGACAUCACCGGUGUGACAGUGAUGUUGAUAAUGAAACUAGCAGGUGUUGACGCUCAUACUAUUGCCCAAGAGCAUGGCUUAUCUGUGCAAGGAUACCAAGCUGGUCAAAGUCAAAUCACUAAAACCAAUGUCGUUGAGAGAGUAGCUACUAAUGGAACGAUUAAGGGAAGAAAGGGUCAGGCAGAGCCUCUUUCAAUUGCUAUGUUCAAGGCCUUGGAAACUUUAGAGGUCAGGUACGGAGGUAUUCUCAGCUACAUGAGGAAUCAUCUUGGCUUUGUCGAAUCGGAGAUCAGGGAAAUCUAUGGCAGCUUGGUAACAACCGCGAGGAACCCAUCUGUAAACUUUCCUGUCUGCAAGGUAUAA